UCGAAUUGUUGUGACAACUAGACUGCUUUCAGCCAAAUUUGUAAAUAAUAUUGAUAACAAUUAUGUAGUUUUUGGUAGUGGUAUCCCCCAAAGCAUAGAUUAUCAAAUUUGAUUGAAUGUUUUAUUCAAUUUUAUUAUUAAGUUAAGUGUAAAACCCUAUUGUGGUAAGGUUAUCUCCAGUGUCAAUUGAUUAAAAUAGGUGCUUUUUGUCUGAUUUCAAACAGAUUAUGUAGUGUCGAAGUACAGAUUGCCGGCUUCUUGCCAUACGUAUACGGUAAUGACUUUUUUUUAUUGAUUAAUAGAAAUCAAACGAUUACAUCAAUUGCUCUACGAUUGUUUUAGAACCACAGUACUUAGUUAAUGACUAGAUUUGCUCGUAGUGACGGGGCUAGCCUAGCACCAAAGAAAAAAGUAUUUAUUAGUGUUAUUUUUUUGGUUUUGUAUCACAUUACUUAAUAUAGAUAUAUAAAGUGAAUUUAUUAAAUGUUAGUGGAUAAAUUAUAAAUUCAAUCGCGAGUUCUGGUGUAGUAGUGCUAAACAUCGACUUCAAAAUGGCCGAAGUGCUAAAAAAACAUAGAAAAAGCAAUUUUUCACAAGAUGAAAUAGAAGUUUUAAUGAAGACAGUUGGUAAUCACUACGAAACCUUGUAUGGAGAAUUCUCUAAAAAGGCUAUCAACAAAAUUGCUAGACAUAGAGCCUGGCUAGAAGUGACAAAAGAGGUCAAUUCAGUGAGUAUGGAAAAAAGGACAUUGCAAGAAGUAAAAAAUAAGUGGAAGAAAUGUCAACAUCUAUAUCAUCCUGAUGAUUUUAUAGGUGUUAAAUACUACGAAGACGAGGUAUUGGAUGUGACUAAUGUUUGGGAACCACUGACUGAACUCGACGAUGAAGAUUCUAUGCCAUUAGAACAGCGUCUGAAAGCUCCUACGACAGCAGCAACAGUAUUAACUGCACCACCUGAAGCACCAGUAUCAGAACAACUCUUACAAAGUCAACCCCUAUCCCCAACAAAACUGAAAGUAACAAGACAACUAAAACCAUCAGCACCUUCACCUAUACUACCUCCCCCGGCCAUAGAAGAGGUGUGUCUUAAAUGGAACAGUCACCAUUCCAAUAUGCAGCAUACUUUUCCAAAUUUAUUGCUCCGAGAACAAUAUGUAGAUGCUACUCUUGUUGCUGAUGGUCAGACUUUGAAAUGUCAUAGGGUCAUUUUAUCAUCAUGUAGUCCUUAUUUCGAAGAAGUCCUUGCGAGUAUUAGCCCAUAUCAACAUCCAGUAUUGUUUAUGAAGGAUAUACCUUUCUGGAUUUUGAAAUGCCUUUGUGAUUUUAUGUAUUCUGGGGAAGUACACAUUCUUCAGAAUAAGCUAGAAGAAUUACUUGCUGUUGCGGAAAUGCUCAAGAUAAAAGGACUUGCUGGUCAACGUGACAUGAAUAUGAUAGACACAAAACCAGAAUUUAUAGUUCCCAUUAAAGAAGAGAAAAUUGAUGAAAAGGAAAAAGAAUUGAGGAAGAAAGAAGAUAGAGAAUUCAAGAGAAAGGAAGAAAAAGAAGUUAAGAAAAAGGAAGAAAAGGAAAUCAAAAAGAAAGAGGAAAAAGAAGUGAAGAAGAGAGAGGAAAAGGAAGUAAAAAAGAAAGAAGAAAAAGAUAUCAAAAAGAAAGAAGAAAAGGAGAUGAAAAAGAAAGAAGAAAAAGAAAUCAAAAAGAAAGAUGAAAUGAAAAUAUCAGAAAUUAAACCAUUGAAGAAAAGGGAAGAAAAAGACCUUACUAGAAAAGAAGAAAAGCAAACUAAGAAAAAAGAAGAAACAAAAGAAAUCAAGGAAAAGAAAAGAGUGACAAUAAUUCCAUCACCAGAAAAACCACUCGUUAAAAGCUCUAAAGUACCUAAAGUUGUAAUUCAAAAUCCACUACCAAUAUUGAAAAACAAACAAAAAACUUUUGUUGAAUCGAAAAAACGUGACAAAAGAUUAGAAAAAGAGAAACUGCCAGUGAUAGAAAAAAUACCGAUAACUAAAGAUACUCCAAGUACAAGUGAUUUUUCAAAUCCUUUUGGUCUUCUCAAACCUGUAUAUGAAGAAGUAACAAAAGAUCCAAAACCAAAUAAACUUCCUGUUACCAGGGAUCCCAAAAAUGUUAAUGUAAAACGUACUUUACAGAAAAAAUUAAAGAAGAGGAAGUUAACGGAUGAUAGAGAGGAGAGUCCACCACCAGCACUUUCACGAAAAGGUACUCGCUCACGUCCAAGAAGCAAAGUAGCAAAAUAUUUCCAUCCUGCCUCUGAUCUGAGCUAUGAUGAAUCCACAAUUGUUAGAGAACCUCAUACAGAUCAAGCAGAUUCUUUUGUGCAAAUACAAGAUAUCAAAUCUGAACCCCUGUAUGACGAUUCAAUUGAAAUAGAAGACAAUCUCGUCGGUUUUAGUGAAUCUUCUGUAUCUGUAGAGGAGCAAUUGAUCGGUUGCUAUGACAGUAGUUUUGAUAAUUUUGGUAGACGUAUUACUAGGCGUUCUAAACCCAUAAUAAUGGAUGUUCAAAGUAUAACUCAUAAACCUGAAGAACAACAUACUUUAAAAAUUGUUAAUGUAGCCGAAUUAAAAGCCAUUAAAGAUCCAUUGGAAGACCCGCUUGGACUUAACCAAAGUAGCUCAGAUAGUACUACAAUGGUGGAUCAGACUGAUAACUCGUUGGGGUUUCAUAUAAGUGAAGUAGUAACAGAAAAAGAUGAUAGUCAAUCAUCUGAUGUAUGCAGAGAAAUGGGAUUUAAAAUUACAAAUGUUGUGAGCGAACAGGAAGAAGAUAGAAAAAUGGAACAACUAACUACCGAAAUAGAAGCAUCAUAUGAAGAAGAACAGGAGUUUAAUGAAUUUGAUGAAACAGCAUCUCAAAAUGAAGACCAGAAACCCAUUUUAACAUUGAUUGAAACUGAAGAUAGUAACUCAAAUCCUCUGGGAAAACAAAUGAUUCAAUUAUUACUAGUAGGAAAUGAAGCAACUGAAGCAACAACUUCAAUGAGUCACAGUCAAGACAAUACAAUUCAAAAUAAAAUGGAUACCAGUGAAGAUGAUGAAUUAAUUAGUUGUCCAGCUAACUUUUCAUUCAAAAUUAAAGAAGAAUUGCUUACAGAAAAUGAACAGAAUAUUAAUAAGAUAGAGGAGGAAGAUAUACAACCUAUGACUCAACAAAUAACAUUGAUUCAAGAAUCAAGACAGUUAGAAACUGAUCAAGUUGUCCAAGAAACAUUAACAGUCACCUCAUCCUAUAAUACCUUGCAAACUAUUGCAAAUGAAGAAAAAUUCGAUCAUGAAAAUGAACAAACUCCAACAAUUUCCAUAAUUCCAGAGGCACACUUCAGUGAUGAAAUCGAUACCGAUACUGAUAAAAAUUAUGUAGAAACAGAACCCAUACAAAUGCAAUCUACAAGCUCAAAUAUUAACCAAGCUAUUGAUACUGACGAACUUAAUAAAACAUAUUCAGUGGAUGAAAAACCAAUAAUAUCAAUAAGUUAUUCAAGUUUACAUAAAGAUUACACAUUAGAUGAUUCAAAAAUGGAUCAGAUUUAUCACUUUGAAGAUAGUUCAAAAGUAUCCGAUGAUAAAAAUAACCAAAACGAUAUUGAUGAUUAUCAAAUGGAGGCCCAAUUUGCUCCUCAAUCGGGGAAUAUUCCAAUAGAUCACCAAAAUAUAUCUGAAAACAAUCCCGAAAAUAUGGAUCACGAAAUGAGUGAAGGUUUUGAUAAUUUAGGAAGAAAUCUAACCUCGAAACCCAAUUCUGAUGAAAUUCAGCCAAUGAAUGAAUAUUAUGGGGAAGAAAACAAUUGUUAUAGUGAAUCUGCAGAUAAUUCUUCUACAGACUGUCAAGUUACUGGAGAAAUCCUUGAUCCAAAAGAUCAAUAUUUGAUAAAGAAAUCAAAUACAUUGGAUAUGCUCCAAAUUCAACCUCUACUUAAAGAUCAGAAUAAUUUAGCUACACUCGUUGAAAAUGAUUCUAUGUACCAACAAACUAUUAAUAUAUCUCAGAAAACUGAUUUUGUUGAUCAAAAUUCAUCACAAAUAGAAAAUAUUGCACUUGUGAGUUGUAUCAAUAACAAGGCUAGUUUUGAUAUAUCAAAUACUGAAAAUGAGGUUCAAUCUGAUUAUAGAAGAGAAGAAGAAAGUUCUGAAACAAUCCACACUGAUGAAUAUUCAUCGAUAUAUAAUGAAGAAAGUAGUUCUAAUGUUCCACAAAGGGAAAUACUACCGUCUCGAGUUGAAAAUCAAACAAUGAACAAUAGGUUUGAAAAAAGCAGUUAUGAUAUUUUAUCACAUGUAGUAUCAUAUGAAGAAAACCAACCUGUAUGUAUCCAAGAGAAUAAUUCAAGUACUACAAAGACUGCAAUAGUACUUUCUGAUAGUAUUCAACCUGUAGGUAACAGCUUUACUGAAAAUAGUUCUGCUUUAUCACAUAUAGUAUCAUAUGAUGAAAACCAACCUGUCUGUAUCCAAGAAAGUACUUCAUAUGGUCCACCACUUUCUGAUGAAAUUCAUACUAUAAGUUUUGAAAGAAAUAGUGAAGUUGCGGCAGGUGCUAGUGAUGAAAAACAUUUUACAACUAAUAAUCUUGAGGAUCAUCGACAAGAUAAAAAUAAUUUUGACAGACAUAAUACUAGUGAUCCGCAUCUAAUAGAAUCUUCAUGUGAUGAAAGUCAACUUAGAGAUGACAUUGAAAGUAGUUCAAAUGUUCCUAAGAUUCCAAAGCUGUCAUAUAACGAAAAUGAAUUGGUCUAUCAAGAUAGUAGUUUCAAUACACAACUUCAGUUACCUAAUGAUGAAAGUGAACUGAUGAACAAAUUUGUUGGAGUACAUUCAACACAAUCACAGAAUAAUCUGAUAGAAAGUCAACCAAUGGAAACUGAUCACAAUGAAUUGAUGUCACAAACAGAUGAAAAUCAUUAUAAGGAUUCAAAUUCACAGUUGUUGCAACAUAAUAAGCAGAGUUAUAAUCCAGAAGAAAAAUAUAAUACUACAGAACAUGUUUUAAUAAAUAGUUUAUCAGAAGUAGAUUGUGAUAUUAACAAUAGAAGUGAAGAAAUUCCUUCAACUCCAUUUUCUUUAUGUGAAAAUGUCCAACCUCUUGAUUUCAAUCAAAAAGAAACCAUUUUACCACAGCAAAUUCCUGAAAACUCUGCAGGUCCAAAUAAGUCAAACUUAUUGGAAACUGACUUAGAUAAUAGCCAUGUACCAUAUGAAAGGUGUGGCAAUGUAAGUAGUUCUAACGUACAAGCAGAGUCUGUACCUGUUGUUUCAGAAACUGAUCGAGAUCAUAAAUCUCGAGCUGUCGAUUUUCCUCUUGGAACUGAAGAAAUGAGUAGUUCAAAUGAACCAGGUUUUCACAUUGCCCAAGUUAUAAGUGAACAGAUAGCAGAAAUAGAAGGAAGUAGAGUUAACGAACAAUUUGUUAGUGAUACUAGCAGUGUGAAUAAAUGUGAAAACAAAGUUAGUAAUAGUAAUGAAUUGGAAUCGAUUGUUGAUGAUUUAUCUAAAAUUGUGGAAGGUUCGUGUGAAGAAUCAAGUAUUGCGGAUGAUACUAACUCUAUAGCUGAUAGUCUCGAGAAUCUCUUACAAAAGAAAUCAAUGGAAACUAAUAUCUUCACCUCUACAAUUCGUAUUGUUAUUUGUGCAUGA